AUGGGGGACUCGACGUACCACAACGACAUUCACCUUGCUGGACUCGUUCAAGCUGCAACUGCUGCUGCAAAUGAACAUGCGAAAAGAGUUGAGCAUGGAAAGUAUGACGAGACCUUCACUCAUGACGAGUCCCUGGCGCCUCCAGAAGGCCUGGGUGAUGCUCCUGAUCCUGCGGCCGAGUCCCAAACCCUCAAGCGCCGAUAUUCCGCAUCAGUCCUUUUUCGCGAGCCACCCUCGAAGAGCAGGAGUUACAGUCGGCCUUCGUCGGGCAAAGUCUUUGAGUCCUUGGACCUUGCACCAGAGAACUUCUUACGUUUGCAGGUUGCUGCCAAGGCUUUUAUGCUCGACGAGGCAUAUCCUGAACGCAGGGCUGUAGUUGGACACAAAAAGUCUCCGAACAUUGGUGGAGUAGAGGCAUCGAGGCUGAAGUUAUGGAACUGCGUGGAGGAAUUCUUGUCUGUCCACGGAUAUGGAGAGAAAUACUUUGGACAAAGUGACGGUGGUCGGCCACGAACGUUGGUAUGGCCUGAGCAUAGUGAGGCCAUCAUCAAACAUAUGAUGCCUCUGAUGCGGAAAAUGGUCACCAAUGAGCGCCAGCGCCUCUACGCUGCUACAACAAGGAAGCAAGCAACCCCCAAGGACCAUCACCAAAGACGGCCACACAAAUCUCUUGGCGAGACCAACUCCUCUCUAAUUGAUGCGCCUAUGUCGGAUAUUUCUGGCCUGGAGCUUGCUGAAACAGCGCCUCUCGCUCCGGCAAACGACUCAGUUCCCGCGAGCGAGGCUGGCCUUCUCUCUCAGGAGAUGACCGAGCCAUCUUCUACCGUGUCAAAUGGUAGUAUAUUUCAAGCACCGAGCACAUCCCCGCCGAGACCCGCGUUUAAGGAACCGAUUGUUCUCUAUGUCAACGUGGUCUCAAACACCGGUGGUGCUCGAAGACGGGUAAUGCCGCGUUUUGAGUUGAGGCCAGAAGCAGCUCCGAGUUUGGCAGCUCUGAUGGACCAGGUGAAUCAGCGAUACAGGGCUGCUACUGGUAACAAGAUUAAUAGCAAGGACGGCCGUCCGAUCAUUCAAGUAUGGCUAACUGAUGGUCUUGUAACUGUUCUCGACGACGGUGACUGGAUGGUUGCUUUGCUGAGUGCUGGCGUGGUCGACUGGAUGGAUAAUGAGAUCAGAGUUCUGGUUGAAGUAUGA